CUCCGCCUCUUUCUCCUGCUGCCGGCGAACGAGGAAGAGGUUGAGGUCUGUUUGCUCCUGCUGCGAAAAUGUCUCUCUCCACCAAGCUCACCCUGGACAAAGUGGACGUGAAGGGCAAGCGCGUGGUCAUGCGGGUUGACUUCAAUGUUCCAAUGAAGGACAACAAAAUAACCAACAACCAAAGAAUCAAGGCAGCUGUCCCAAGCAUCAAGCAUUGCUUGGACAAUGGAGCCAAGUCUGUGGUGCUGAUGAGUCACCUGGGCCGGCCUGAUGGGGUUCCCAUGCCCGACAAAUACUCCUUGAAACCAGUAGCAGCAGAGCUCAAAGCUUUGCUGAGCAGGGAUGUCAUGUUCCUGAAUGAGUGCGUGGGUGCAGAGGUGGAAGCUGCUUGUGCUAAUCCUGCAACUGGCUCAGUCAUUCUUCUGGAAAACCUCCGAUUCCAUGUAGAAGAGGAAGGGAAAGGAAAGGAUGCUUCAGGGAACAAGAUCAAGGCUGAUUCUGCAAAGGUGGAUGCUUUCAGAGUGUCUCUUUCUAAACUCGGAGAUGUUUAUAUCAAUGAUGCUUUUGGAACUGCACACAGAGCUCACAGUUCCAUGGUAGGUGUCAAUCUGCCUCACAAAGCUGCUGGUUUCCUGAUGAAGAAAGAACUGGAGUAUUUUGCAAGAGCUCUGGAGAACCCAGAGCGACCCUUCCUAGCAAUCCUGGGAGGUGCUAAAGUUCAGGAUAAGAUUCAGCUGAUCAAAAACAUGCUGGAUCAAGUCAAUGAGAUGAUUAUCGGUGGUGGAAUGGCUUUUACCUUCCUUAAAGUGCUCAAAAACAUGAAGAUUGGCAACUCUUUGUAUGAUGAAGAAGGAGCAAAAAUAGUCAAAGACCUGAUGGCAAAAGCAGAGAAGAAUGGUGUACGCAUCACUUUGCCUGUUGACUUCAUCACUGCAGAUAAAUUUGAUGAGAAUGCUAACACUGGAGAAGCCACUGUGGCCUCUGGGAUCCCGGAUGGAUGGAUGGGUUUGGAUUGUGGUCCUGAAAGCAUUAAGCUGUUUGUGGAAGCUGUGGGCAGGGCCAAGCUGAUUGUGUGGAACGGUCCAGUCGGUGUCUUUGAGUGGGACAAGUUUUCUAAAGGAACCAAAGCUUUGAUGGAUAAAGUUGUGGAAGUUACAUCCAAAGGCACCAUCACCAUCAUUGGUGGCGGAGACACUGCUACAUGCUGUGCCAAAUGGAACACUGAGGAUAAAGUUAGUCAUGUUAGCACUGGAGGUGGUGCCAGCUUGGAACUCCUAGAAGGUAAAGUUCUUCCUGGUGUGGCUGCUCUGAGCAACGUGUAGCAGUAGAUGGAGAGCAUGGGAUGAAUAAGAGCUCCUCCCUGACAUGUUCCUGUGCACAGCCCUUAAAGCAAUCACUGCAGCGCUUCUAUAUUCGUACUGGCAGCAGGGUCAGAUAAAGCAACCUGGAAGAUUUGCAGCAGUGUUAAAAAGGCUCUUGUCUGCAGUUUACCUGAUGUUGACUGUUGCCCCACCUGAACUACUGUAGUGUUAAAUGGUUUUUGUGAUAUUUAGAGUGGAUAUAUUUAUAUAUUUUUGCCUUUUUACCAAGGCCAAGUUCCCCUACUAGUUGUCAGUACCUCAAAGCAAAUUUCUUCAUUCAAUCUCAACAGCUUGUUUAGCUACUGCUACUUCUCACCUUUGCACAGUACCACUAGGUGGAGGGAAAAUACAGAUGUCAACUGCAAUGUUAGCUUCUAAAUAAAUGUUUUGAGAUGCAAA